CAAUCGGAUGAUCCCGGGCGGGCGGAGCCAAGUAGGAGGAAAUGGUACCGUUGGCUGACUGCUCCCAAGAAAAACCGGCGACGAGCAUCCAUACCCGGCAGUUUGACCGCACAUCUUCACCGCUUUCAGCUUCAUCACUUUCCGCAACAGCAAGCGAGCAAGGCAAACCUCUCAAGCAGGACUCCAGUCACCCACAUUUAGCUGCUUAGACGCCGGGCGACACUUGCAUGCUGACAUUUCUAGAAAUAUCCGCGAAGGACUCGGGAGAUUAACGUUACAGAUAAACCGCUGCAGGAUGGAGACGCAGAUACAUGUGCCCGUCGGGUCGCCGGUAAUCCGAAAAAUCCCCAUUUUCGUGGACGAACACGACGUGACGGAGGGGGCGAUGAAGCUCAUCAAAGAGCUGAGACCGGCGUGGGACCCGAGCCGCGUCAAGACCAAGCUCUUCACUGACGGAACCACCAACAAGCUGGUGGGCUGCUAUGUGGAUGACAGUCCAGAGGACGUGGUCCUGGUCCGAGUGUACGGGAACAGGACGGAGCUGAUUGUGGACAGGGACAAUGAGCUCAAAAGCUUUCAGGUGCUACAUGCUAACGGUUGUGCUCCUCGCCUCUACUGCACCUUUCUGAAUGGCAUCUGCUAUGAGUUCAUGCAGGGAGACGCUCUUGGGACUCAGGACGUCAGGGAUCCUUCAUUACUCAGACUGAUAGCCAGGGAGAUGGCUCGUAUCCACGCCAUCCACGCACACAACGGCUGCAUCCCCAAACCCAACCUCUGGAUCAAGAUGAGAAAAUACUUCUCCCUCGUGGCCACAGAGUUCACCGACCAAGCAUCCAACAUCAGAAUCCAGCAGGAGGUUCCCAGCAAGGCGGUUCUGGAGCAGGAGAUGGUGUGGAUGAAGGAGCACCUCUCCACCCUUGGCUCUCCUGUGGUGCUCUGCCACAACGACCUGCUCUGCAAGAACAUCAUUCACAACAGCAAAGAGGGUCACGUUCGCUUCAUAGACUAUGAAUACUCCAGCUACAACUACCAGGCCUUCGACAUCGGCAACCACUUCAAUGAAUUUGCAGGAAUGGCAGAGGCAGACUUCGGGCUGUACCCCAGUCGUGAGAUGCAGAUGGACUGGCUCAAAGUGUACCUGCAGGCAUACAAACUGUUCACCAAGAAAACCGAGGAGGUCAGCCCACGAGAGCUGGAGACGCUCUAUGUACAGGUCAACAAGUUUGCUCUGGCUUCUCACUUCUUUUGGGGCUUCUGGGCACUCAUCCAGGCCAAAUACUCCACCAUCGACUUUGACUUCCUCGGGUACGCCGUGCUCCGUUUUAACCAGUACUUCAAGACCAAACCUGCAGUGAUGGCCCUGCAGAUCCCCGAAUGAGAGGAGGCAGGAAGACAGAACGCGGAGAGAAGACAGGAGGAAUGGUGGGAGUGGGGGCGACGGGUGUUAUGCCGGGACUUCCUGUAGGGUGGGAACUCUUCUCUGUGAGCCAGCUGUUGAUGGACCACUGCUCGGUCUACCUGACAUCCUUUUCUGCAACAAGCGCAACUACUUUUUCAUUCCUCCAACUUAGCUCCAUGUCUGUCACAACUCUAGCUCAACAAUUGUAAACCUUCCACGAGUCCUGCGUGCAUGUAUGUAUGUAUGUAUGUAUGUAUGUGUGUAUGUGUGUAUGUGUGUGUGUGACUGAAUGUAUGAUUGUGUAUGUUCAGAAUUGAUCUCGAAACCUGACGUCUUGCUUUCCCUCUUUGGGCGGCUGAACCAAGGCGUAGAGAGCACAGCAGUCACAGAGUGCAAGGUAGAGAUUGACUUCAAACCUGCUUUAUUGUCUGUCACACUGGCGCCAAAAAUGUUCCACAACGCUAGUAAUGAAGGUCAAAAGAGGGGCGAGACUGUUAAGGGUUCGAUGCUGACAUUAACAGAUAGUUCGUUCUGUCCUCUGUGCACGACAUCUUUGGCUCAAUGCCACGGCUUUGCCUAGUUUUAGUUAGACACCGACUACAGAUGCAUUUCACCUGGGAUUGGUCAGAGUCUGCAUGUGGUGUGAACGCUGAGACCAUUCCUCCUUGCAUCUGUUUUUAAGUUCUAAUCUGUGCGAUCCUUCCUCUUUUUGACUUUGGAGCCUUAUCUGCAGAGAUCACCUAUGUGUAAAACACUUUUUUUCCAUCUUUUUUUUUUUCUCACUUCCUCUUCUAGUUAUUCCGAGCAAACUGCUGCUGCUCCAAGUCUAAGACAAACUUUUCUGCGUGCUAGUGAACUUUUCCCCCUGACUUGAUACUGAGCGUGUGGAAGAGCUUGUAGGUUGAGUCACUAUUGUGUUAUAGCAAUCGGUGAUAGAGAGUACCUAAAUGUGCAUUUAUUUAUUUAUGUGAAGACAUUGUGGAUUAUUUAACAUCUCAGGUUGAAACAACUCUUCACUUUGAGUUGUGUUGGGACGCAGACUGGAAGAGGAGGGGAGGUAGAUGUUGGUUUAAAAAGAGGCCACCUGAGUAAAUGUCGCUGUGUGUGCGUUUUUCCACCAUUUUGACUUUUAUGGUUAGAGCGAAUCGCUCCGUUAAACUUUCCAUUUGAGCUUUCCAGACCUCUCGGAAAAUCACUGCCCGCGUCAGUCACCCCACCGCUGCCUAAGCGCUCCUCCCCCUAUCUGACCCUUCCGCAUCUGUUCCCUCCUCACGUUACCAUCUUUGACCUCUUCCCACCUUACUUUUGUUUCACGUGUUUCGCGUUCGUCUGAUGGGAUUGAGGCAGUAGCACCUGUUCCACGGACCAUCUUAACAUCACAGACCGCACUCAGCCACCCCCCUCACUGUAAUCCAUUCACAUUCACAUCCCAGAUUUGCAGCCGAAUUUUGUUACAUAAUGAGACAUCGCAUAAGUUCUAUCUGGGGGUCAAAUUUAAGUCUAGCUUCCAAGAGAGGCAGGAAUGGGUUAUCUGGGGCUGUGUUGCUGACUUGAGAUCAGCCAUUACUUAGGAGCAUAGACGGAGCAUCAAAGCAUUAUAAGGACAUUUCUAUGGGUCUGUACGCGUUUCCUUCUAGGACUGUGUCCACUCUGAGGUUCAUACACUACAAGUUUAGUAUGGUACAUAUCUCCAGCAGUUUAGUUUUGCACUUCCAUAAAGAGGAGGCUUGUGAGAUAUCCAGCAUCUACAACUGGAUCUCACCCUUCGUCUCUUUCGUUAGGCCUUCCACAACGGCUGUACACCCACGUCUUUCAAACCUGACGUCCCCAGGUUGCAAUGCAAAGUUUCUCUCGUGAAUAUGUAGUCUCUUGAAAAAUUGAGAAAAUACUGAAAGAUGUGAUUUGUCAUGUCAUAUCAAAUAUGACCCACCAAACAUUUAGACAAAAAAGAAAGAAAUUGGACAGGCAGCAACCAGAAAAUGGUUUCCAUUUUUUUCUACAACUUUUUGCUUUAAAAAAAAAAAAACAGCAACAAAAAAAAGCAAUUCUAAAAAUAAUUUGCUGAGCAGGACCAGUAAACUUAAUCUUCUUUCCCUUUUAAAUAAGAGACGAAAUAAGAGAGUUUGUCUUCAAGGCCUUUACUCAUUCAUUUCUUUUUGCUGACAGCUUCUUUCCGUUUAAUCAUGGAUUUUUCUUACACAGUGACGCCUUUCCUCCAGUCACUAUGAACUUAAGCACAGGAUUCACUCUGCCACAUUCAUGAAUGAAUCUGAGCUCCACAUAUUCUUUUUUCAAGCUGUUGAUUCAUGUUUGGUUCCAGAAAAGGGACGCCUGCCCAGCAGGGGGAGACACUGAGCUACGACCUUUGUCCUCCAAUGCAGGUCUCAUGUAACUGACAGGCUUAAUAAUUUACCAAGUGAGCAGCAGCCCGUCAGAACAGCAGAACAGACUAAAGCUUAACUGGUGUUAAUGUUUUCCAGUCAGUACUGUUAACCUGAGGAAUGACACAAGUGCUUCCAGAGGGAUCGCAUCUAUAUUUGAAGUGUCCCGAGAAGUGAUGAUCAGAGCCUUCUGAAUGUGAAUUCUAACUCGGAGGCUGUGUGAGGCUAAAUGGGUUUAAGAGUACUCAUAUGAUGGGACAUCAUCUGGGAGCAAAAAGCUACCGACCAUUGUCUUGAAAAAGCUCAAAUCACCCACGUCAGUAGUGCAUUUUAAAUUUGAGAAUAAUCAAGAGGCCUUUAUUUUAGAGAACUAAUAGUGGGAUAAUCUGCUUAGUAGAUUUGCAGACAAAGACCAAAUUAGUGAGCUUGCUGCUUGAACGCACAAUCCUAAUACCGCGGUAGGAAUUUAGCCUGGAUAAAAAAGGCAUUUGCACUCCAUGAGCAGUGAAUGGAUUUGUCAAUUCACUUAACAGAGGACACUGAGUCCGAGUAGACCUCAUCUGGUGACACAGUUUGGGAUUUUGGAAGAGGAAAGUUUAGCCAGGUUUACUUUAGCAGUCACUGAUGUUAAAAGCUAGAGCUAAAUGUAAGGUUGAACUAAAAAAACACAUUCCGCACAGAAUUGAGGUUGUCCUGAAAACUUUGCACUUGUUUGUAUUUUAUCAGCCGUUUGGUCCUUUAGUCACCUUACCCACUGUGUUCUAAAAGUUCUGCACCAAAAUCAUCUCUGUGUCACUGAAGUAGUCAAGACCAGUGUGUGUACUCCAAAGGCUUAAACAGGCUGACACUCGUAACUGUACGUUUAAUUUUUUUUAGGUACGAUCCAAACCAUACAAACACGUCAGCUUGGAAAAUGAUUGACAGGUUCUUAAAGAGUAACUUAAGCUGAAAAGCAGUGUGUUAACUUAAAAAUUUUUUUUUGGUUGAAAGUUCCAAGUCUGUCUGCAUCUGUAACUAUACCCAACUGUGAUGUAACAGUGUACUGACACGCCCAUAUAAGAGCAGCAACAUAAAAAGACCACUAGACGACAGCAAAGACGAGAUUUCCAGCAGGCGUUAAGUUGCUCUUUAAAUACUGAAACUGGCACUGCAGCUGUAGCACGGUCAUUGAUGAUUAGCUUUCAGCUGCGUCCCACGGUCUUUGACAUUUGUCUUUGAGAUGGAUCGUUUGAUAUGUUAUGUCGAAAAAGCCAAAUAAUAAUGGGUUAGUGCUUUGUUAAACUACUGUUUCCAAAGUCUGACAUUAUCAGUCAUUUCAGUCUGAAUCUACAAAUGGGUUAGUUACGAUGUUGAUAUAACUAAAAUGAUUCUUGGAAAAACUUAGUGAUACUUUGAAGUAUCCAAAGGCAGAUUAAUCUUCCUACACGUCUUGGUUGUUUAUCAUAUUUGUUUACCAAAAGCUUAGCUAAAAUUAGCUAAAGGUUUUGCACUGUUGACUGCACUACCGAUGAAGUUUGACACUUUUUGUUUCUGAA